AUGUACGCCGCUCAGAAUAUAACGCCAACAGUUUUGGAUGCCAUGAACGGAAAUGUUUCCGAAUGGUAUAACGAAUGCGACAAUGCCAUUAGAAGGUCAGAAAUAGUUCCUGGAACUUACGAAUAUACAACUGCUGUUUCUUAUGGAAACGUAGGUGAGUUUGGAGAAGGUUCUUCAACAACAGUAGAUAUUGCUUGCGACAGGUUUCAUAUUAUUUCUAUUGACAACUCAUUCUUAUACGUGGAACAAGACAUUGAAAUAAAACCUUCUGCCAAGUUGUCUGACAAGAAAGGUUGCAAUGGAAUUUUCUAUGUCGGAUACCAAUAUGCUCCAGAAGUUUUCAUGGGAUAUAAGAUAUAUUCUAACUCUGACUUAGUUCAAACAGUAACAUGGGCAAACUAUGAAUGGUUCGCUUUGAGAAACUCAGUACAACCACAAGCUAGAGAACAAACAGACCAGUAUGCAACUAUUGAGAAAAUAAGAAGACUUGACCCUAACGUUCCAGGAGUUUAUGUUAACCUUUCUGGACAAACUGCAGCAGCAGUAACCAAAGUAAAACUGAAACUUAGAGUUCCUUUGUCAUCUUUCCUCAU